UAUCAGAGUGGGAGAGAGCCGGAGAGGCGAGCCUUGAAAUCUCUGCGGUGCAGAGCUGGAAAAGCUGCUUCUCAGCGAAAAUUCAGACGCCAUUUACCAUCUUCGACUUCUUUUUUUUCCUGGAGAAAAACAAGGACUUAAGCUUCGACGUGGACUGGCGCCCGUCUCAGCGACCGAACCUGGUAUUUCUGUUCAUAUUUUUUUUAUUAUUAUUUACGCCGAUCGUUUCUUUUUCUUUUUGAGUGUGUGUAUACACUGAAGGGACUGAGAUUGCACUUCUGCACUGAACGCUCUGACUCCUGGCAGACUUCAUGACGCAAACCGCAGCAGAGCACUAAGCGCAAAACUUUUCCACUUUUUUUCUCUUCAUUUUUGCUCCACCAAUCACACGGUGUUUCAUGCUACAGCAAGUCAGUGCUCAGCGGUGGCGCAGCCCAAAGAUCCAUUGCAUGAAACAAGAGCACAGAGAAGUUAACAAGUCUGCUUUUGCGACGCUUGCCCUCACAUUUCUGCAGAAGAGUCGCGACGGCAGCAUGAGCGCGGAGCUGAGCAUGGGUCCCGAGCUGCCCAGCAGUCCCCUUGCCCUGGAGUAUGUCAAUGACUUUGACCUGAUGAAGUUCGACGUGAAGAAGGAAGGCCUGGCUGGGUUAGAGCGCAACGGGGUACGCCAGUGUAACCGCCUCCAAGCGCAGGGUUCAGUGUCGUCCACUCCGAUCAGCACUCCCUGCAGCUCGGUCCCCUCCUCGCCCAGCUUCAGCCCCACCGAGCAGAAGAACCACCUCGAGGAGUUGUACUGGAUGCCCACCAGCGGCUAUCAUCAGCAGAUUGACCCACAGACGCUCAGUCUGACCCCCGAGGACGCGGUGGAGGCCUUGAUCGGUGCCACAAGUCACGGCCACCCGCCACCUCCACACGUGCAACAGCAGCUGCAGCAGCAGGGUGCGUUCGAGGGAUACAGAGGUCCACAUCACCACCACAACCACCACGGCCAGCAGCACCAUCACCAGUACGCAGGGGGCAUCCCACACCACGACGAGCUGCACCCCGGUCAGCACCACAGUCAGCACCACCAUCACCACAGCCAGGACCCAGACAGCCCGUCCCCGGUGUCGCCAGAGGCGCACCAGCCGCUGCACCACCACCGCCACCAUCACCAUCACCACCACCUGAGUCAGUCCGGCGCGCACCACGGCUCCGGGGGCGGCCUCAACGUGGAGGAUCGCUUCUCCGACGAUCAGCUGGUGUCCAUGUCGGUGCGGGAGCUCAACAGACACCUGAGGGGCUUCACCAAGGACGAGGUGAUCCGCCUGAAACAAAAGAGGCGGACCCUGAAGAACCGGGGCUACGCGCAGUCCUGCCGGUUCAAGCGCGUGCAGCAGAAGCAUGUGCUGGAGAACGAGAAGACGCAGCUGAUGAACCAGGUGGAACAGCUGAAGGCGGAGAUCAGCCGGCUGGCCAGAGAGAGAGAUGCCUACAAACUCAAGUGCGAGAAGCUGGCGGGGUCAGGGGUCAGCGGCGGGUUCCGCGAGGCUGGCUCCACCAGCGACAACCCCUCAUCUCCAGAGUUCUUCAUGUGAGUCCGCCUUUCCUCCUAAAUGACUCCUGCGUGACUCUCCAUGUUAAAACCUCUCAUGUGUAACCAUCCACGACCCACGGCGCAGCAUCUUUGUAGACUUUAGUUGCUUGUAGAGACUUUUUUUCUUCUACUCAAAGGAACUUUUUUCUUCAACUAUCUGGUCAUAGUGGGCCCGGAGAACAAUACUCAAUAUGCAAACUUGUCAUGAGUGAGAGUGGGGCGGGGGGUUUAUGCAACAUCUCAUUGAUUUAUUGCCUGCUUAUUCAAAUAUAUAUUGAAACAAACAAACAAACAAACAAAAAUCUGCAUUAAAUAUUAAUCCUGCAUGCUGGACAUGUACGGUAAUAAUUUCUAUUUUGUACUUCAUCUUCUGGUGUAUAUUAAGAGCAUGUUGUUGAUCUGAGCUUCUCCACAGUGUUUUGGGGGAGGGAUUGUAGAGAGCUGCCGGUGCAGUAUCAGAAGGGUGUUGGGAUUUUUUUUUUUUUGUUUUGUUUUGUUUUUGGGGAGGGCUUGUAAAUAUUAUGCAACCGCAAAAACUGCACAAUAAGAUUUGAAGAGGCUGGUUUGAACUUCUUUCUGUCUUUGUGUUGAUGUUUUCAUGAUUCUUCUUUUAUCAUUAACUUCAGAGAAAAAGUGCAUUAAACACAACGUGCGUGUGUGUGUCGGUGCACUUUUUUAAGAUUCUGUUUUCAUUUUGGGUUUUGUGCAGACCUCCCUACAGGAAUACAUGUACGAUGUUAUAUUUGUGUAACACUGAAAAGGUUAAUAAUCACGCCAACUUUUGUUAAUCUCUAAAAACAAUCAUUGCUUUAUUCAUUCGGCAACCACCUGUAACACAUCAAGUAAUGUGAGAUGAAUAUUUUCAGAACUUAUCAGCGGGUUAUUUCUGUAGAGUUCAUAUUUUAGAGAAAGUUUUAUUAAUGUUUUUCCUAUUUUUUUCCUGCCGGUCAGUAAAAAAGGGGAUUCAGGUUUCGUGCAACUUCUCAAAAUGAAAACCACCUGUAUGUUUUUUUUCCUUGUUAUUAUUAUUGUUAUUAUUAUUCUAUAUUCUGAGGUUGAUGGUUCUGGUUCUGCUGGCCAGAUGCAUAAAGUCUUUAUUUUUAAACGAUUUAAAUUAACAAUCUGUCAGAUCAUAUCGAAUAAGCAUGGUGCUUGCAUUUGAGAAAUAACUAUUGUCGAAAGAAAAAAAAAACGCAUUUUAACAAUCUUUUGGUUUGUUGAUUCAACUGUGUUGAAGUUCAACUGAAACUGCAGCAGCGGGUUGUUGUUUUGUUUUCACCAUGACGGGGACUAAUUUUCAAAUCCUGUUUAUAUAAAUGAAUAAGUCGGACAUUUAAAUUUGAACUGUCCCAUUCAGGCUGGUUUCUGUUAUGUCUUUAUUUUUUGUUGUUUUUUGGAAAAAAUGGUUUCCUAUUUUGCUUAUUAAAGUCAUUGAAAUGGCACUGGUAUUUUCCC